AUGUUUAUUAUACUAACGCUUGUUUUUGUCAGUCUAUUCGUAUUAUAUGUAAAACACAAAUAUUUUACUUCUCGUCGUUCAAUUCCAAGUUUACCAGGACAUUUCUUAUUUGGAAAUUUAUUUCAAUCAGGACUAUUACGUGGAACUUCUCUUCCACAAGUGUAUGCAUCAUUCAAAAAUAAACUUGGUGAUAUUUACGAGAUUAAACUCGGAUUUUUACAUGCAAUAAUCGUCGGUGAUAUAGAUGAUGUGAAAUAUAUUCUUACUCAUCGAUAUAUUUAUGAUCAAAGUAAUUUUGCAGUGGAACUUUUGGGUGUCUUUAUACCAGAUGGUUUCAUUACUCUGAAAGGUGCUAAAUUCAAGCGACAUGCUUCGAUCAUAAUGCCCUUAUUUCGUCAUGGAAAAAUUCUUUCAAACUUCGAUUUGAUUAUUAAUUGUACAGAUGAACUUUUGAAUAAUUGGUGUUCAAGUUCUUUGGAUCACAUUCAUUGUGAUAUUUUACAACAAUGUCAAAAUCUUCUAUUAGAAAUUUUUGGAUUCAUUGGUUUUGACUAUGAUUUCGAUACACUUGGUGGAACAAAAAAUAAUGAGCUUACAGAAGCAUUACGAAACUAUAUCGCCAUGAUGCAAUUAGGAGCCUAUUUACCAAAUUUUCUCCUCAGAGCCUAUAUGAAAUUAAGUCCGAAAUAUCGACGAAUCCAAACGACAAUCAAAAGAUAUUUAUAUCGAAUGAUAGAACAAGAAUUAACUGAAACUCCAGAAUCGAGAGCCCAACGAAAGAAAACAUCAUUGAUUGCUUCAUUGGUUGCUUCAUUACAAAUAGAUGAACAAGCAGAAGAAAGAAAAAGUGAAGAGGAGAAAAAAGGUCUAAUACGACGUGAAAUAUUAGGAGAAAUGCUUGUUUCUUGCUGCUAG